UACCAUCUGUCUCUCAAAUGGCUCAUGGUCCGGUCCAGCACCUAUAUGCAAACGUGUUGUAUGCAGCCAUCAAAAUCCUCCCCCUAAUGGUGCUAUUGCUAGUGUAUCCUUGGAGAUAAAUGGCGCGACAAUUUUCACCUGCAGUUCCGGGUACAAACUUCUCGGUAGCAGUGCAUCUGUUUGCCUUCCAAAUGGAACGUGGUCAAAUACGCCUCCAACAUGCGUGUCAACAUCAACGCAAUGUCCUGCCAAUCCACCUCCUCCAUUUAAUGGUAUCGUAUCUCCUGGCGGGCGAAAUGCUUUCACGACAAGAACAUACUCGUGCAAUACCGGAUAUCAACUUUCUGGCGCAACAACAACUAUUUGUCAAACAACAGGAGCAUGGUCUGGAACACCACCAACAUGCAGACGUGUGGUAUGUAGCAGUCAACAUGCUCCUUCUAAUGGGGCUAUUGUUAGUAUGUCCUUGGAGAUUUAUGGCGCGACAAUUUUCACCUGCAACUCGGGAUACACUUUAGUCGGUAGUAGCGCAUCUGUUUGCCUUCGUAAUGGAGCUUGGUCGACUUCACCGCCAAUUUGCCAGCGUAUACAAUGCCCAAUGACUGUUCCUGCACCAACUGAUGGAAAUGUUACGUCAGGAACAAAUGACGUAUUCAUCUCAAGACAAUACACCUGUAAUGAUGGAUAUAAACUGCAAGGAAGCUCCCAUACUAUUUGUCUUUCAACUGGUGCGUGGUCCGGUCCAACUCCUACCUGCAAACGAAUAACAUGUUCAGAAUCAUUAGUCAAUCCCACUAAUGGACAUGUGACGGCACCAGCUAACACAGUAUUUAGUGUGUCAACAUACUCUUGCAUGCCAGGUUAUGAGUUGGUCGGGCACGCAAAUACCAUUUGCCUGACAUCUGGUCAGUGGUCUGGACAAGUACCAACAUGUAGCAAAAUAGCAUGUUCGUCAACCCCAACUGCUCCUACAAAUGGGAGUCUGUCACCUGGAGGAAAUGAUUUUCUGACAGUUCGCACGUAUUCCUGCAAUCCUGGAUUUCAGCUGAUUGGCGAUAGCACUACCGUGUGCCAGGCAAAUAGACAAUGGUCCGAUGCUACAACAACCUGCAAUGCUCUUACCUGCAAAUCUCUUCCUAGCAUUACAAAUGGCAAAAUUUGGCCAAGCCAGUCACCGCUUGUACCAGGCAGUGUUGCCUUUGUGGACUGUGAUAAAGGCUUCGCACUGCAAGGGUUGAACACAAUAACUUGUCUCCCUUCACGGAAUUGGACAAUUGCCCCGACAUGUGCACGAAUAAGGUGCUUGUCCCCGCUCACUCCUCCAACAAAUGGCAAUGUCUCCAGUGGUCAUGCUGUGUUCUUCAGCACGCGAGAGUACUCGUGCAGUCCUGGCUAUGAAAUUUACGGUGCAAAGUCUACUGUAUGUCAAUCCGACGGCAACUGGUCAGUCUCGUCUCCCACAUGCAAAGAGAUCAAAUGCGACAACCUUCCGUCUACUCCAACCAACGGUUUCCUGGCUGGACAACAGAACUCUCUGGGCUCUACACGUAUGUUGGGCUGUGAUGAGGGAUAUAUACUUCAUGGAUCUGAUCGAGUGAUUGUGUGUCAAGCAGACAAAACCUGGUCAACGACUAGUGCGACUUGCGUUCUUCAGCCAUGCCCUAAGCCACCCAAUAUCACUAAUGCCGUUGUCAGGGCUAACCUGACGCGGCCCUACGUAUACGGUGACAGCGUGUUCGUACAUUGCAACACUGGACAUAGUGGCAGUGGCCACAUCAGCUGUACAUCUACCGGAAAAUGGAGUCAGAUUAUGUGCUCUGCAAGAGAUUGCAGCACGGUGGCAGGCCCCACCAAUGGCAUGGUGUUUCUGACUGGCUACACUGUUGGCGCAACGGCUUCAUUCAUAUGUUCCCAUGGUUACACACUGAUAGGCUUUUCCUCUGCCACUUGUAAUCAUGGAGGAGUCUGGUCCUCCCCCACACCCAAUUGUGAUCGAGUGAUGUGCCCCAACGUCAAUGCGCCUGCAAAUGGAGCAGUCUCCACUGGUGAUACCGAGGUGUUUACCGUGCGAAGAUUCACAUGUGACACCGGGUUCAAUCUUGUAGGUAAUCCAGCAACAGUGUGUAUGGAAACUGGCACUUGGUCCGAUGGUACACCUCAUUGUAUUGAGAAAACAACAACCUGCCCGUAUUUGCUGGCACCGGCCAAUGGAUUCAUAGACAAUGGAAGCCUAGAUGUUGGGUCCUCCCGCGAAUAUUCUUGUUCUGACGGAUACAUGACAACUGAUUCAAUGCACACAGCCUGCUUGAAAAACGGACGUUGGUCUCAGUCCGUUCCAUGCUGCUUCACUAAACAUAGUACUGGUGAACAAGCAGAGGCAUCUUCAUCGUCCUCAAAUAUCAUUGCAGGUGUCAUUGGCUUCUGUAUCGGUUUGCUAACACCCAGUGCCUUGAUUGUAAGUUACAUUGCGCGUUCCCGACGCAGGAGUCGGCGGAUCACCGUCACUGAUAACACCGUCCAGCAAUCUGCUCUAUUUACUAACACGUUGACCAGGAGUGAUGUGUACCAGAUGGACGUGACCACGAUCGAACCAAACCUAGAGCCACAGUAUGCGUCUUUGGGGCAAAUUUGAGCCACCAUCAUUAAUGCUUCUCUCACUUCCACUGAUUUAAACGACGUACACCUAUUCUUUGUUUUCUUUGAUUUUAUAUUUUUGGCAGCGGUUAUGGUAACUCCUACAUGCAAAACUAAGCCCGGGGAAAAGUAGUGAAGGCAAGGAUUUAACAGAUCUCAAAUUUCUCACAAGAUCUUUUAAUGAUCAAUUAAAUUUCACACGAUCCCGAACAUUAUGUACUUUUCAGAAAUAAAGAUAAAACCAGACUUUUUGAAUAAUUUUGGGCAAAGAAACACAUCCAUUUUGUGCUCAAUUUGUACUCAAUCUACAGCCGUUAUAUUUCGUAAGUGCCGCAUUUGUUGGUCACUCGUAGCUCACAAGUUAUUGCGUUCAAUUCUGAACAGUACGAUGAGCAGGGAUAUGAGUUAGGGGGCUUACGCCCAUCGUAGUCUUCUUCUUCCACGCGGUGUGGGCCUGAUGAGUUGGCUAUGAUUGAACGAAAGAUCGUAUUCUUGUUUACGCACGGAACGCUUUGGCAAUAGUUUCAACAAAAUCAAUUUUUCUUCGAACAUUUUCUAUUGAAUUUAAAGAUAAGAAUCGCCUUUCACCAUGCACCCAGUUCUUGUUUUAUCGUGAUAUUUGCCU